AUGCCGGGCUUUUCUGAGUGUAUCGCUGUCAGCCCGCAGUGCCCUGUCUCCGCCACAACAUAUGGCUACACUCCCAAUUUUGGCGGCAAUGUCUUUUUCACCGUCUUCUUCGGAGUGCUAGGUCUGUUCCAAAUCGGUCUGGGGGUCUAUUUCCGAACAUGGACCUUCAUGGUCGCCUUGGGUAUCGGUACCGUGAUGGAAAUGGCAGGAUACAUCGGUCGCGUCUUGAUGUCCAGCAACCCGUGGAAUCAAGGCGCUUUCAAGUUGCAAAUUGUGUGUCUGGUGCUGGCACCCACCUUUGUUGCGGCAGGUGUCUAUUUGACCCUCAAACACAUUGUUUUGUAUCUGGGACCCGAACAUUCGAGACUGAAGCCUCGCCUGUUCACCUGGAUCUUCAUCAGCUGUGAUAUCGGAUCUCUGGUCCUCCAAGCGGCGGGUGGCGGUGUCGCGGCGGCGGCAGGUUCGACAAACCAGUUCCUGCUCAAGGUGGGCGACGAUAUCAUCAUCGCCGGUAUUGCCUUCCAGGUGGCUACCAUGGCGGUUUGCGGAUUGUUCGGCUUGGACUUCUUCAUCCGCGUCGCACGUCGUGGAAACGGACUCGCAGGCGAAAAGAAUUUGGACGAUGCCACACCGGCAAUCUCCCCCAUGAAAAUGAAAUUCAUUCUUGGUGCUGAGAUCUUCGCUUACUUGACGGUCAUUAUCCGUUGUAUCUAUCGUAUUCCCGAGAUGGCUGGCGGCUGGGGCAGUCCCCUGAUGCAAAAGGAGGAUGAGUUCCUUGUUCUCGAUGGAAUGAUGAUUGCCUUGGCCUGUCUCACCUUUACUGUUUUCCAUCCUGGCAUUUUCCUUCCUUCAAUCCGCACUGGAUACAAGAACCGCAACUAG